UUCAAAACACAGCUUAAAAGCAGUUUUACUGCACAAUGGAAAUCAGCAUCCAUCAAUACCGGUUGCGUAUUCCACAAAAAAGGAGGUAGCAUACGCAAAUACUUCAAAUCUCUUAAAUAAAAUUGAAUACUAUAUGUAAAUAUAAAUGGGAAGUAUGCGCAGACUUCAAAAUGAUUGCAAUAUUGACUGGAAUGCAAACAGGAUACACAAAAUAUAUGUGCUUUCUUUGUAAAUGGGAUUCACGUGCUACCAGCAGCCGUUAUCAUAUUAAAUAUUUCGAAGAACGUAAAGAAAAUAUUAUUGGUGACUUAAAUGUAAUCCAUGAAUCUCUUGUCCCAAAAGAUAAGGUCAUACUUCCACCGCUGCAUAUUAAGUUGGGCGUGGUGAAAAAUUUUAUUAAAAGCUUAAAUACACAAGGAUAUGCUUUCAAACGCAUUCAAACAAUUUUCCCCAGAUUAUCUGCAGCAAAAUUAAAAGAAGGAAUGCUCGUUGGACCCGAUAUAAGAAAAUUAUUACAAGAUGAAGAAUUUUAUGGUCAUCUGUCGGAUAUGCAAAAGACAGCAUUUGACUUUAUGCAGCUGGUUAUAUCAGAAUUCCUUGGAAACUCAAAAGCACAAAACUAUGCAGAAAUUAUUGAAAACAUGCUAAUCGGUUUUAACAAUAUUGGCGUUAAGAUGUCACUAAAGCUGCAUUUUCUGCACUCUCAUCUCAAUUUUUUUAAAGAAAACCUUGGAGCGGUUUCAGAUGAACACGGUGAAAGGUUUCAUCAGGAUAUAAAGGUAUUGGAAGAAAGAUUCAAAGGGAAAUCCCAAAGUGUAAUGCUUGCUGAAUACGUAUGGGGCUUGUACAGAAACCUUGACACAUCGGAACAUUCACGUCAAGCUAAAUACAGGAACGCAUAUUAAGUUUAAUCUUUAAUCCAUUUUCCUACUAUUGCUGAAGCAAA